CCGGACUCUGUCAGGUGCGCGGGCCUCAAGACCCAGAGAGACCAGCUCCAGUGGACCCGGAUCCUCCAGCGGAGAAGGGUGAUGUUAGCGCUGGGUCCGAUGGACGGCUUCCUCCUCAGCACGCCUCCUCUGGCGGCUUUGCACAGCAUGACCGAGAUGAAGACCCCCCUGUACCCGGCCUACCCGCUGUCCUGCGCCGGCCCCAACUGCUCCACGUCCCCGGCCACCACGUCCCCGAACCCGGGCGGCAUGGCCGCGUCGUCUCCGGGGAGCAAGAGCUCCUCGGGGCUGUCCUCGGGGCUCGGCUCCCCGCAGCUCUGCUCCUCCGCCACCCCGCACGGAAUAAACGACAUCCUCAGCCGGCCCUCCGCGUUGCUCCUCGGGGCCACGGUGGCCGCGUCCUCCGCCUCCUCCUCGGCGGGGCUCCUGUCAGGUCUGUCCCGGUUCAGCAGCCUCAGCCCGCCGCCGCCUCCCGGACUGUACUUCAGCCCCGGGGCCGCGGCGGUGGCGGUGGCCCGGUACCCGAAGCCCCUGGCGGACCUCCCGGGCAGGACGCCGAUCUUCUGGCCCGGAGUGAUGCAGAGCCCCCACUGGAGGGACGCCCGCUUCUCCUGCUCCCCCCAUCACUCCAUCCUGCUGGACAAGGACGGGAAGCGGAAACACACGCGGCCCACCUUCUCCGGCCAGCAGAUCUUCGCCCUGGAGAAGACCUUCGAGCAGACCAAGUACCUGGCGGGCCCGGAGCGCGCGCGGCUGGCCUACAGCCUGGCCAUGACCGAGAGCCAGGUGAAGGUGUGGUUCCAGAACCGACGCACGAAGUGGAGGAAGAAGCACGCGGCCGAGAUGGCGACCGCGAAGAAGAAGCAGGACUCUGACGCGGAGCGGCUGAAGGGGACCUCGGACAACGAGGACGAGGACGAGGACUACAACAAGCCCCUGGACCCGGACUCCGACGACGACAAGAUCUCCAGGCUGCUGAAGAAGCACCAGCAGCCGGGGGGGGCGGGGCUGCUCCUCACGUCGGAGAACGACAGCUCCUAA